AUGACGAAAGAACUAUGCACUGUGCGUAGAGUAGAAGAAAACCAAUGCGGUAUAUUUGAGAUCAUAAAGGAUAUUACAGUUUUUGGUGCCGCAGCUGAUAAACGACGUCGCACUAAAUUUAUAAGGUGCUGCAAAAGAUUGGACGAUUUACAAGCCGAAUUUUGUAAACAGAGAUAUAGUAUCAGUCGAUCAGGGUUAUACUUAAGACUUCUUCCCAGACAAGUCAAUACAGAGGAAGGAAAGAGACACGUCGUAACUGUUCCUGUUAAACUAUGCAAACCAGAUUCUACGCUACAUUUAAAACUAAAAGAUAAGACAUUCUGUAUUGCUACGAUAAGAAACCUUGAAUUUUUAGCUUUAAUUUUGGGCCCUAAACAAGUUUUCUUUUUAUCAAUGGAUGACAAAGCACGCGUGGCUUUAGGUAUUAUAGCAGCAAAUGAUCAAGUACCAAUAUUAAUGCAUCUUGAUUAUCGUGUAAAAUUACCGGAUCAUGAUUUCGAGGUCGCGGUAAAACAUAAACUUAUUUCUUCUGUUUAUGCAGGUAUUGUAAUAAAGAAAGAUGGUGAAGGGAAACCUGAAGCUGUGACACAUACGUAG